AUGACUGCUGUUACCAUGGUCUCUUAUAGAUUCAAUAUAAAUGGCAAUUACACUGACAAGGUAGAAGCAAGAAGGGGUAUUAGACAAGGGGAUCCAUUGUCCCCCCUCCUAUUUGUGAUUAUUAUGGAGUACCUUAGCAGGUUGCUAUUCAGAAUGCAAAGAAAUUCGGAUUUCAAUCACCAUGCCAGAUGUGAAAAGCCGCAGCUCACCCAUCUUACAUUUGCUGAUGAUCUCCUACUGUUCUCUAGAGGUGAUAAAGGUUCCAUGGAGAUUCUGCAGCGCACCAUCACUAGCUUUUUGGAUUCAACAGGUAUGAAGAUUAACCCUGCCAAGAGUAAAGUGUAUUUUGGUAGUGUUUCAGAUCCUGUUAAGUACUCAAUUCUGAGUUCUACUGCUUACAAUGAGGGGACUCUCCCAUUUAGAUAUCUUGGAGUCCCAGUGAGUAGCAAAAAGCUGUCUGUGAUUCAUUAUAUGUCGUUGGUGGAUAAACUGUUGAGUAGGAUUACUCAUUGGAGCUCUCGACUUCUUAGUUAUGCCAGUAGAUUACAGUUGAUUAAGACUGUGCUAUAUGCUAUUACCUCAUAUUGGAUGCAGUGUGUUUGUUUCCCUAAAACUGUGAUUAGCAAAAUCAAUUCCAUCUGUAGAUCCUUUCUCUGGACAGGAGGUAGCACCAUAAGUAGGAAGAGUCUGAUUGCUUGGGAUAAGGUUUGUAAACCUACUGUGAAAGGAGGGUUGAAUGUGCUUGAUUUAGUGGUUUGGAAUAGCAUGUUUAUGAUGAAGUUACUCUGGAAUAUAUGCAGGAAAACGGAUGAUCUUUGGGUUCGGUGGAUUCAUGCCUAUUACCUGAAGAAUGAGGAUGUAAUGUAUAGAAUGGUUAAAAAUUCUGAUUCAAAUAUUUUUAAAACUAUUCUUUUGCAGAGGGAAAACAUAGGCAAUAUGCAGAUGGUUUGGAAUGAGAUGGUGCAAGCAGGGAGAUUCAUUGGUAGAAGAGUGUAUGCGAACUUGUUACCGGCCACACCUAAUGUUGUUUGGGCCAAGCUAAUUCUCCACAAUAGAGCAAGACCUCGUGCAAUAUAUACUCUCUGGAUGAUCUGUCAUGGGAAGCUAGCCACAAAGGCCAUAUUGAAUCGGUUUGGUAUGGUGAAUAAUGACCAAUGUGUUUUUUGCUCUGCGGUGGAAACCAUUGACCACCUAUUUUUUGAGUGUGCUACUUUGAGGAAGGCUUGGGUAGAAACACUUCUUUGGAUUGGUAUCCAUCCCGGGAAUUGGAAUGAGGAGAGAAACUGGAUUUUGAAUUGUUAUGGUGGUAAAGGUUGGAAAGCUGAUCUUGUUAGAUUAGCUCUGACUGAAACUUUACAUGAGUUGUGGAGAUUUAGAAAUGACACUUGUUUUAAUCAAAGAAAUGACAAUAGAAAUUGUACAGAUAGAAUCAUUAACAACAUUGUCUAUAGAGGGUGGUCGAGUCCUAAGCUUAGACCACAUAUAGCUUUUUUGAUGGUACAGUAA